UUGUGAUUACUAUGAACGCACCACGAAGGCUCGUUUUGUUGGUUGAAUGAAGUGGGACGCUAGUUUUAUUCACCUUGUUGUUGGUGUCUGGAUUUAGAGGCGGAGUGAGACACUCGUCGGGAGGCUUUUUAAACUCUCUGAACCGGAAGUGCGUUGUUUGUUGUCAGCAACCGUUGCUGUUUGUCGUUUGGUCGUUUUCCUUUCUCUAAUUCUUUAACGGGAUAUUUGAACGUUACUUCCCCGCCGAAACUCCAGCCUCUUUCAACCGUAAAUCUGGUUUCAACGGACCCGGAUGUUGUGGGAGCGGGAAAUCUAAAAUUGGAGCAGAUCGCGCGUGUUGAACAGACGUUAAAAGCCCCGGAUGUUUGGUCAAGCCGGUCCUCAUGAGUCCUCUGACACCGGGGACGUGUUGAUCCGGUCCACCCGGACUCCUCACCCGGUACCGCUCCGGAUGAGCGACCAGAGACUACGGAGCUCCGUUACCGAUGAACUCCGACGGAAACCGGACAUGGCUUCUCCUCCGCGGGCAGCAGGACCCUCUCAACCCGACCGAAUGAAGAGACCUGAACCACCCAAAGAGAUCAGAGAGCCCAGAAGACAGCCCCCAGCAGCCCAGUCCAGUCCAGACAGGAAGCUCUCAGGGGGGACACGGGAAGACCAGCAGCCUGGUCACGACCUUUUGACGUCCCGGUUCCACCCUGGAGGUCGGGGAGUCGGACUCGCGGCUCUGAAACAACGGUCUCACAGCGCCCCUCACAGGAGGGAGGUCAAAGUGCAGCUGUUGGACCCUGGGCCACUCAGGACCAGCUCCCAGAAUGCAGUGGGUGUGGAAGGCCGAAAGGAGGCGGGGCCUUUCUCUGGUUUCCUUGGAGAUGUCACCGAUGCUUUUAUCAAGAAGCCGCUGCUGGAGUCGUCCCUCGCGGUGGUGACGGGUCCUUCACCCGUGACCUCUGACCUCACAGCGUCAGGGACUCUGCCUCUCCAGGUCACUCAGCUGGACCCGGCAGCUGGCGUCCUCAGCCACCACCAGCAAAGCUCCCCCAUGGCCAUGGCGACCUGCACAGUUGCUAUGGGAACAACCCGUCAUGACCGAUGGACAGAGCAAACCAGAGAUGCAUCCGUCGUUUCCUCGGUUACCCUGCAACCUGCAGGAAGUCUGCAGCCUUCGACCAAUGACGGUGAGGGAUGGACAAGGAGAGCCAAUGAGACGCUGAGGGAGACGGAACGCACGAAGAAUCAACUGAAGAUGCUACUGAGACCAGAAGAUUCUCUGAAGACCACCGCAUCUGGACCAGACAGACACCCGUCCCAACAAAGCCAGUCCCAGUCCCAUCAAGGUCCUUUCCAACCACUCCGGCCCCAUCAGUGUCAGUCACGCUCCCAGCAGCAGUUCCAGGACACACUGGUCCAGAGGACACCUGUAGUUCUCUCCGUGUUGGAGGAGGCAGGUCUGGUUCUCCAUCGGGUACGGAGACAGAAGAAGGUUCUGGAGGAAAACCUGGAUGCCCUGCUGAGAGCCCAAACCGGAGAGGUUCUGCACUGCCAACUGGACGCACUGGCUGCUAACAGAGACUGGAGGGAGGAGGUACGGGUCAAGAAGACGGUGGAUGCUUGGAUCAAUACUUCAACCAGAGAUAUCCAGGAGGAGGUGUCCUCCGAGGGGCCUGCGAUGACAUCACAGCAGAGGGCCGCUGGGAGCUCCGCCCACACAGGUCGGGGGAGGCCGGCGAACGCGCUCAGAGCAACAGGAAGGGAGCGUGCGGCGGGGAGAGGAAGGCGUGGACCGAUGCUGGGGGCGGAGCCUGACCCGGCCACAGGUGAGUCGUACCUGACUCGUUUGUACGGCCGAGCUCCGUAUGAAGGUCUGAGGCGGACCCUGAAGAAGAGUCCGUACCUGCGCUUCAGCUCACCUGUCUCUCCGCUCAGCAGGAAGCCCCGCCCCCGGCUGGUGGAGAGCGUCACAGGUGUGAAAGUGAAGUCUCGUAAGACUCAGACGUCACCUGGGGGACCUCAGGACUGUGACAUCAUCAGUUCCUGCCAACUGACCUGUGGUGACCUCACAGAAAGCCCAGCUGUCAGAGGCUCCGUUGCCAUGGCGAUCCCACUGGGACAUCCCAGGACAGUCUCGUCCUCCAUGCGUCUCGCUGAGCGUCGACAGGAAGUGACAUCGCCAACUGUAGCUGCUCCUGCGCAUUGUGUGGUCGACGAGGACGCCGGAGCGCCUGAGUCACAUGGGGAGGAGCAGCCGGAGGCCCCGCCUCCUCCGGACAUCAUUGAGAAGAGUGAAGAAGAGGACGUCUUUCCUGGGACUGAAUUCUUGUCUGUGGCUGAUGUCGUACAGCAGGAGGAGCUGAGCUUGGAAGGCGAGGAGGAGGUGCAGCUGGAUGGAGGUCCGUCUCCUCCUCCGGUUCUUUAUCAGGGUCCAGUCUUUCCUCCACAGACCAGAUCCGUCCUCCAUACGACGGAUCAGGUCUCUGUGCGGGACCUCGAUCUGCAGAGAGACGUCCUUGAGAACCGGCUGGUGGAAUGGGUGGAGCAGCAGCUGAUGUCCCGCAUGAUCUCAGAGAUGUACCCACCCCCUCCUUCUGGUCCCACCCACAAGGGUCCGACUGACCAAUCAGAGUCACUGGAGCAGAGCGCCGCCUCAGACACUGUAGCGGUAGCAGGAGGUGGAGGUUUGCAGCUCUUUGUUGACUCCAACAUGUCAGUGGACUCGGCUCUGAUCCGUCAGCUGGUUAGUGAGGUUCUGACGGAGCAAGUCGCCCUGCUGCUUGGACAGAGGGAAUCACUAGACCCGGAACCAGAGCCACCAGAACCAGGUCCAGGAUCCCGUGAGGAGGAUGAACUGGUUCCACUGAUUCCUGCACCAGUACCGACACCUCGGCAUUCCAGCAGAGAGGCCACGCCCCCUCCCUCUGAACCAACCAGUAUGCUGAAUGAUGAGUCUCCUCAGCCAAUCACAGCGCAAGAGCCUGUAGUCGCACCCACCUCCAGCCUAGAGCCCGCCCCCUCUGCUGGAAGUCCUUCUGCUGUCCAUCAAGCCCCUCCCCCUCUGACCUGGGAAAACGUUGAGCUACCAUUGGAUGAAGAAAGACCAGAGGAACACCUGGAAACCCGCGCAGAUCUGCUGGUGAUGUCAGUAGCAGAAGAGGAGCCUCUUUUCUUCUCCCCUCUUCCUCCCCCCUACAUUUCCCCUCCUCCCUCCCCCUCUCCUCUUCCUCGUGGUCCUGAUCCCAGACCAGAGUCUCCUCUUCCUCGUGGUCCUGAUCCCAGACCAGAGUCUCCUCUUCCUCGUGGUCCUGAUCCCAGACCAGCAUCCUCCUCCAGCUCCUCAGAGGAGUCCUGCAGCACAGUGACUGCAGAGACAGACGCAGCACUGAAACACAUCUCAGAGGGAGAACUGCUCCUCAGUGUCCACCAGCUAGCUGCCAUGGCGGAGGACAGCGUCUUCAGUUUCUCCAGUUCUCUUCAGGAGAUACAGGAAAUGGACUUUGACCCCAUAAGUGAAGGACAGGUCAGAGGUCAUGACUGGCAGAAGUCGAAAAAGGGCGCCAGGAGGAGGGAUCGGGGGGAGGAGGUGAGGCAGAGCGGGACUGAACAGGACAGCACCUGUUCACCUGGACAGAUCCGUAUGUGUGCAGUUUCGUUUGAAGCAACCAAUCAGAGCUCAGCUGCCGUGGGUGACCUGAUGGCAGAGACAAUCGGGACUCUGACCUCUGACCUCCAGACCGACGGGUCCUCGUCUCCUUCUCCUCACCUGGACGACACACUUAUUACAGCGCAGCAGAGAGGAGUCGUGAGGGAGGAGGAGGAGGAGGAGGAGGAAGAGGAGGUCAGUGUAGCAGCAGAAACAAACUCCUCCACUGAUGUUUUCUAGAAAACCUUCUUCGGCCUCAUCGUCUGGCUGAUGAUCUCACAUUGACUCUCGGUGACCUCUGACCUCAGUUCAGCUGAAUUCCUUCUUUUAUAAAGUUUCAUUUUUCAGCGGGUUGUGAUGCGUUUGUGGUCUGAUUUCUUUAAUCUGUGAAAAUUAAACCAUGCGUUUUAUUUCAUGAAAUAAUAUUCUCAUUAAAAACUCAAAUCAUAA